CCUCCUCCCCCUCGUCCCUCCCUCCGGGAUCACCAGAGCGCCGUCCCUCCGCUCCUCGCCGCGCGUUCGCCCCAGCUUGGCUCCCGGCUCUGGGCCGCCGAGGGUCCCGGACGCGGCCAGCGCGACCCCGCGCGGGGCAGUGGGCGGCACCACCUGGGGGGUUGCGAAGCGGGAAACCUCGCGACCAGCUGCGCGCGGCCAGCACCGGCCUUUGUGUGCAAAGCGCGGCCGGGGCCCGGGGUCUGGGAGCGGAGUCUUACGGGGAUUCUUGAUCUCGCUGCGCGAGGGGGAAGCAGAACUUUGCGCGCCAAACAGCCUCAUUUGUUUGCACGGAAGUUCCAAUAAAUAAAACAACUAGGGAUGCUGUAAAAGGCAAGCGCCGCCACCACCCGGCAUUCCGCGUUCCCAAACCGACAGGUUCCCUCUCUCGGCCCGGGCGCCCAACAAGCCCGAGCGGGUUUGUCUCGGGGACGGAGCUCAGUCGCCGAGAGGGAAGGGGGGUCGUGCGCUCCGGGCGGGGGGCGCGCUCCCACGGAGAGCGCCGCGGGACCCGCAGGUUCUGUUCCCAGCGCGCUUCCGGGAAACUGCGGCUUCGAUGGGGAGCCACAGAUUAAGUGUGGUUUUGCGGCAAACGGGAAAUUCACACCGCAGCUUCUAGCAAAGCCGCCAGCCACUGCGCCCAGGCCGUCGGGAGAAUCGCGGCCGUUUAGCGUGACCGCGGAGCCCGGCGACCGGGGUCGGGGUCUGAGCCGCUGGAAGCGAGCCGGCGCCCCGCCCCUCGCAAGCCCCGCCCCGCCAGGUUCGGCCGUCUCCUCCCCCCACCCUCCGCAGACCUUAAAAGCCGGGCGGGAUGGCGCGUUUUGACUCCGGCGUGACUGCGUGCAAACGGGCCACGCCUCGGCGACACCAGCUGUCAGAGACACGCGGGGGUCCUGAGGGCUGGGAAUUGGCCGCACUCGUUGACCCCCAGUCUCAGUCCGCACUCUGAGAAAACCCUCGCUUUGCCGAGGCCCCCGGUAUAGCGGGGCUCGGCAAAGGAGACACCCUUCUCGGUCCCCAGCCCAAUCCCAGCGCCCCUGGCUCGGACGACGUCUAGAGGCCCCAGAGUGGGUGCUCAAGCUCCCAGAGCAGCAGGUGUCCAGGCGAGGCCUCCGAUUUCCUGGAGACGUCUUGCCCUCCACAAAGGCCCCGGGCCGAUUUCGGAGCCAUGCAUCCCGCGCCGCUGGAGACCGCGCCACCUCGCAGCGCACCGUAGCCGGACGCCAGGGGUGGGGGCGUGGGGCGCCCGCUUCUUUCUCUGCACACCUGAGCGUCUCGCCUCCGCCCUUCUCCCUCCAGCAUGGCCACCAGCCUCGGUGCCGACGCUCCCCUGCAGCCGAGCGCGCUGUCGUCCCAGCAGACCACGCUCCUGCUGCUCCUUUCGGUGCUGGCCGCCGUGCACGUGGGCCACUGGCUGCUGCGGCAGCGGCGGCGGCAGCCGGGCUCCGCGCCGCCCGGCCCGUUUGCGUGGCCGCUGAUCGGAAACGCGGCGGCGAUGGGCCCGGCGCCGCACCUCUCGUUCGCGCGCCUGGCGCGGCGCUACGGCGACGUCUUCCAGAUCCGCCUGGGCAACUGCCCCGUGGUGGUGCUGAACGGCGAGCGCGCCAUCCGCCAGGCGCUGGUGCAGCAGGGCGCCGCCUUCGCCGACCGGCCGCGCUUCGCUUCCUUCCGCGUGGUGUCCGGCGGCCACAGCCUGGCUUUCGGCCCGUACUCGCAGAGCUGGAAGGUGCGGCGGCGCGCGGCGCACAGCACCAUGCGGGCCUUCUCCACGCGCCAGCCGCGCAGCCGGCGCGUCCUCGAGGGCCACGUGCUGGGCGAGGCGCGGGAGCUGGUGGCGCUGCUGGUGCGCGGCAGCGCGGGCGGCGCCUUCGUGGACCCGCGGCCGCUGACCGUGGUGGCCGUGGCCAACGUCAUGAGCGCCGUGUGCUUCGGUUGCCGCUACAGCCACGACGACGCCGAGUUCCGCGAGCUGCUCAGCCACAACGAGCAGUUCGGGCGCACGGUGGGCGCGGGCAGCUUGGUGGACGUGCUGCCUUGGCUGCAGCGCUUCCCCAACCCCGUGCGCACCGCCUUCCGCGAGUUCGAGCAGCUCAACCGCAACUUCAGCAACUUCGUCCUCGACAAGUUCCUGAGGCACCGCGAAAGCCUGCAGCCCGGGGCCGGCCCGCGCGACAUGAUGGACGCCUUCAUCAUCUCGGCGGGAACCGAGGCGGCGGAGGGCUCGGAGGACGGCGGCGCGCGGCAGGACCUGGAGUACGUGCCGGCCACUGUCACCGACAUCUUCGGCGCCAGCCAGGACACGCUCUCCACCGCGCUGCAGUGGCUGCUCGUCCUUUUCACCAGGUAUCCUGAAGUGCAGGCUCGGGUCCAGGCCGAACUGGAUCAAGUCGUGGGUAGAGACCGGCUACCCUGCCUGGAUGACCAGCCCAACCUGCCCUACGUCAUGGCCUUUCUUUAUGAAGCCAUGCGCUUCUCCAGCUUCGUGCCCGUCACCAUUCCUCACGCCACCACCACCAGCACCUCUGUCUUGGGCUACCACAUUCCCAAGGACACGGUGGUUUUUGUUAACCAGUGGUCUGUGAAUCAUGACCCAGUGAAGUGGCCUAACCCAGAGGACUUUGAUCCGGGCCGGUUCUUGGACAAAGACGGCUGCAUCGACAAGGACCUGGCCAGCAGCGUGAUGAUUUUUUCCGUGGGCAAACGGCGGUGCAUUGGGGAAGAGCUUUCCAAGACGCAGCUGUUUCUCUUCAUUUCCAUCCUGGCUCACGAGUGCAAUUUCAAGGCCAAUCCAGACGAACCCUCGAAGAUGGAUUUUAAUUACGGUCUGACCAUUAAACCCAAGUCAUUUCGAAUCAACGUCACUCUCAGAGAGUCCAUGGAGCUCCUCGAUAGUGCUGUCCAAAAGUUUCAAGCCGAGGAAGACUGCCAGUGAGAAGCCACAAAGAAGCGAGCUCGAAUUUUAGAAGUACUCAAGGCGGGGGGAUGGGGAGUAGACUUUGCUAGCUCCUCGGCGCCACUUUCUCAGCCUCUAGAGUGAGCAUAAACCAACUGACCGGCAGAUGAUGCGCUUCACACAUGUGCUCAGAGGAGCGCUGGGCUCUGAAGGAGCUCGUGGAAGGGUUUUGGAGCCAAAGAAUUAAAUGACCGAGUGAAGAAGAGUUUCAGUGACCAUGCCUCCGUGGGUGGGGUCCGAGAUGGAUGAUCCGCUGCUGAAAUCUGCCCCGUAGGAAAAUCGUAGUAAGCAAAGUUUUAGAAUAUAUUGUUGAAUAUGCAAAGGCAAAUAAGUUCAGUGUAAGACAUGGGAUUGAGGGUGAUAAGGGAAAAGGGUAAAGACCAGAAAUUCCUUUCUCACCUCUUCAGUGAAAAAUAGUUUAGGGAGGCUGUAGUAUCUAGGGAUGGAUUUGUCUUUUUGCCUAGUGAUAUGCUUUCUCUUUUUUUUGCAUAAAUCAUAAAGUCAUUUGCUUAUAAAGAAAUUAAUAGUGUGGUUGAUUCAGUGAUUAUAGUAGGCUUCAAUGAUUUAUCAGGAAUUUUAAAGUGUAAGUUGUUAAAUUGUAAAAAAAUUCUAAGCCGAAAUCAUACCUCUGUUGUUGCCAAAGUACAGAAUUUCAAUGAUGAGAAAAAAAAAAAAAAAGGAUUUACCAGCCCAGCUAAGCUUUACAGUAUAUGAUUAUAAUGCACUGAUUUCAGGAAGUUUCAUAGGUUAAAAAAGUCACCAAAUACUAGUCAAUAUAUUUACAUAUAUAAUUAUUCAUAAGCAAUAUGUAUUAGUUAGUAGAUUAUUAAAUAGUAUUAGCUAUUUUGGUUAAGAAAAGUUUGAAUAAUGUACACUUUUCCAAAAGAAAGACCAAUCAAAAAGUACAGUUCAACCAAUUUGGGCUCAAAUACAUGAAAUGAUCCUAUUUUAACAUGAUGGAAACCAAGGUAAAGCGAAGUCCAUUCUCUCAUCUGCAACUUGAAUGAGAACUAAAAAGUCUCAAAAUUGGAUCUCUAAGAUGUGUUCCUUAUUACUUUACAACAUAUUUUCUAAAAUUAUAUUCAUAAUCUAGAAUCUUUUUGUGAAAUCGAUGUAGUUAAUAUGUUACAAUUCCAAACUCUUGGCAUGCUUAAAUUUUAAUUAGAUUUUAAAGCCAUUCUGAUUGUUGAGUUCCAGUUGAAGUUACUGGAAAUCUGACCAUUAGCCUGGGCAAGGCAGAGAAAUUUAACCUGUGUCUGCCUGAUGAGUAGGGGAAAAUGCAAUGAAUUAUCUAGAUGUUCUCUUUAUUAGAGAACCAGGGGGGAGAUUCCCAUCAUGAUAGGCCUAGGUUCUUAAAUGAUUUUUUAAAAAAUAGUGUUCAUGUCUGUGUUUUGGAAAGUCAGAGUCAGAAGGUAGUGUUAGGAGGCUGUUUUGAGGAUUGCAUCACGUUCCAUUGGAGCCCCUCAGAUCGGGCGCGCUGUUCAGGAUGCCCGGCCCGGUGAGCAGUCACUUUGGUAACUGUGAAAACCUGAAGCCUGAAUGGAAUACAUAUGUUCCAUUUAUGUAAAGAGCCUGAAAACCUUAAAACACACACACACACACACACACAAAUGCAUGAUGGAAGAUGGCAAAAGUUCAAAGUAAAGGUUGGAGCUUUAACUUCCAUUGCAUGUGAACUUGCAGAGGAAGGUGUACCAUGUCCUGAAAGCUUACUGCUUCUUACAUUCUGUUAAGCUUUUUGGACUCUCUUAAUCAAAAUUACAAAGGGAAGAGUGUCUGAUGGCUGUGCGUAGGGGUGGUGAGAAAAGAGAGGAAAAGGAAGAAAUAUGGUUAAGCUUUUCCCCACUCAUUCCAAAUUAAUUCAUCUGAAGCACAAAAUUUGAAAUACGAACAUUUAGAAAAAUGUUUUGUGGGCCAACGUUAAAUCCCAAGCAGACUUUAAAAAAAUCUACAACACAGAAGAUCACUUUUGUAAUUUGGAAUUCUUUUAUUAAACAUUUCGUAUAAUUUUAGUCAAUAAGAUCUCAUAGCUCUACCUCUUGAGGAUGUAGAACUGUGUCAGUAUUUUUAAAGGCACCAAAGCCAACUAUAGAAAUCGGGCUUACUCACUACAUUUAAAUUUUUUUUGUCACCAGGUCUUCGAAAACGUGAUUACCCUCCACCCCUAAGCAGGGCCGAGACAGGAAUUUUAGGCUGCCCUAGCCCACUUACUCUGAGACAUGUGUGGUACCAAGAGUAAUCAUGUACCAAUCUGGAUGCCUCAUUAAGUCAACCAAGUCCAGAUGUGCUAGAAUCUGUUUGUACGGAUGUAGGCUCAGUUUGUCUGGGACUUCUGGCAAUGGAGAAGCUGUGCUUAUAUAGGAAGUGAGGUGGGCUCUUGGAGGCUGCCUGGCUUAUUUAAAUACAACUAGGUUAUUCUGUAUUUUAUAAUCUAGUUAAAGGAAGGAAAGCAAAACCCAAAACAGACAAAUACAAAUAACCAAACUUGGAGGCUACAAUAAUCCAGCUACUGGUUUAAUCAGAAAACCUUAUUUUAUUUCUUCCAGAGAAAGAAUGUAUUUGCUGGUCACUAUUGUAGUCAGAAUAUCUACUCCAGGUUAUGAUGAUAGUUAAAGUAUAUUGUUUCUUAAAUGCUUCCUUUAUAUACUGAAGCUUUGACUUUGCAAGAAGAUUACUUUUUUCCAAACAAAAAGAUGUCUCAGGUUUGUUUUGUGGGUUACCUGAAAGCUUUUUUUUUUUUCUUCUCUGAAAGCUUUCACGUCUCAGAACUUAGCCUUCACCUGUGAAAUGCUAUUAUGUCCUUAAUAUUCCCUUAUUAGAUCUAUAUUAGAUCAAGUAGGUGCAUAGCAUUUAUAUGAAUUUGUAUGUUCUUAGCUAUGACACACUGUGUGGUACUUUAGUAGAUGUUUAUAGCUCAACGAUAACUUUUUAUUUAACCUUUUCUUAUUUUUGUAUUUUAUCAUGUUUGCUUUUAACAUGUACAGAGCAACCAUCAUAUAUAGUUGUAACUGCAAUACGUUUUGGUGACACAGCAUUAACAUGUAUCUUUUACUAUUUCAUAUACCAGAUUAAAAACAUUCUGUAUCUGUAAUUACCUAUAACUGGACACCAUUACCAAAAUAAUAAAAAUCACUUUCAUAAUC